AUGAGGGGUCUCCUGGUCUUCAGUUUUCUCCUGGCAGCUGCCUCAGGCCUCAAGUUGUUUUCUGGGGACCAGGUACUCCGGAUCAAGGCCAAGGAUGAGACACAACUUGCAGUCCUCAAGGACCUGGUACACUUCAAACAUCUGCAGGUCGACUUCUGGCGUAGCCCACUCAGUCCCAACUUGCCAGUGGACGUGAGAGUCCCUUCUUGCAACCUGCAAGCUGUCAAGGCCUACCUCAAGUCCCACGGCAUCCCAUACUCUGUCAUGAUUGAUGAUGUCCAGGUACUGAUAGACAAGGAGCGAGAAGCCAUGGCCGCCUCCAGGAGACUCGAGCGCAGCUCCAGCACUUUCAGCUUCUCCUCUUACCACACCAUCGAGGAGAUCUAUGACUGGAUCGACAACUUUGCGUCUGAAAACUCGAACCUGGUCAGCAAAAUCCAGAUCGGCCAAAGUUACGAACAGCGUCCCCUUCUUGUGCUGAAGUUCAGCACUGGAGGCUCCAACCGUUCUGCCGUCUGGAUCGACACCGGGAUUCACUCUCGAGAGUGGAUCACCCAUGCCACUGGGCUCUGGACUGCCAAUCAGAUUGUCAGUGAGUAUGGCAAAGACCCAGUGCUGACCUCCAUUCUUGAUACCCUGGACAUCUUCUUGGAGAUAGUCACCAACCCUGAUGGGUUCGCUUACACACACAGCGAGGACCGCAUGUGGCGCAAGACCAGGUCCAUCAACCCUGGGUCAUCCUGCUCCGGUGUGGACGCCAACAGGAACUGGGACUCCAACUUCGGAGGCACUGGCUCCAGUGACGAUGCUUGCUCAGAUGACUACCACGGACCCAGUCCUCACUCCGAGGUGGAGGUAAAAUCUAUCGUGGACUUUGUCCUGGGCCACGGAAACAUCAAGGCUUGGAUUUCCAUCCACAGCUUCUCCCAGCUUCUCAUGUUCCCCUAUGGAUAUAAGUUGGAGCUGACCCCUGACCACCAGGAGCUGAACGAUCUGGCCCGCGAGGCCGUGAAGGUGCUGACAACCAAGUACGGGACUGAGUACACCUACGGCAGCAUCUCCAGCACCAUCUACCAGGCCAGCGGGACCAGUAUCGACUGGGCCUACGAUAACGGAAUCAAAUACUCCUUCACCUUCGAGCUGAGGGACACUGGGGAACACGGUUUCAUGCUGCCCGCGAGCGAGAUCAUCCCCACGGCCGAGGAGACCUGGCCCGCACUGCUCACCAUCAUAGACCACGCCCGCCACCACCCCUAUUAG